UCUUUACGAAAUCGACCGCUCCUUCUCCAAAAAUGUCGCCGUCUUUCUGCUCCCUCCGAUCCAUCGCCGCCGUCUUCCUCCUUAUAUCCGCCGUCCCCAUCGCCUAUAUUAUCUCCCUAGAGCGAGCCUCGCCGGCGACUCACGUCUACUACUACCACAGCUCCGGCUUCUUCCGCGAGUGCGCCAAGUGGGACGACCUUCGCCGCCGCUUCCUCGUCUCCUUCAUGGACGGGGGCGUCGGAGAGAUCGUUCCCGGCGAUGGCGAUGCCGUUUUGGAGGAGGUCACUCUGGUCAAAGACGUUGACCUCGCUGGCAACGCCUCCCUCGGCCUCGCUAUUGACCGCCACAGGAACCGCCUCCUCGUCGCCGUAGCCGACGUGCUCGGGAACCGGUACAGUGCCUUGGCGGCUUACGAUUUGUCCACGUGGCGUCGAAUCUUCCUCGCGGAGCUGAGCGGCCGCAACCAGGUGAAAUCGUUUGCAGACGAUGUGGCUGUCGAUGCAGAAGGCAAUGCUUAUGUAACCGACGCAAAAGCCAGCAAGAUCUGGAAGGUCGACGUCCAUGGCAAGCUUGUGUCGACCAUCAGAGACCCUCUCUUCACUCCAGCUGGGUGGUACAACAAUUUGGUUGCUCUGAACGGCAUAGUUUAUCACCCUGAUGGAUUCUUGAUCGUCAUCCACACAGUCUCUGGUAAUCUAUACAAGAUCGACAUAACCAAUGGAGAUAAAGUCACACUGGUUGGUGUUUCUGGUGGGACAUUGAGGUUUGGAGAUGGGUUGGAGUUGCUGUCUCCCACCAAGCUUGUUGUUGCAGGGAACCCUUCAGCAAGAUUGGUGGAGAGCUCGGACGGAUGGGAAACGGCGACUGUGACGGCCAAAUUCAGCAGCGGUCUGGUCCACCGUAUCGCAUCAGCAGCCACUGUGAAGGACGGAAGAGUGUAUCUGAACCAUAUUGUCGGGCUGGGUUACCCUAAGAAGAAACAUGCCCUUGCUGAAGCCGUCUUCUUGUCCUGAAUGUAGUUUUGACUCUGAAUGUAUGUAACUUCGAAUCCACCCAUUUGUUUGAUGGAAUCACAUUGAGAUGGAAAGAAUUUCAUGACAGCGUUUUGACUUGAAA